ACUACCGCUCAGUAGAGUUGGGUUUUUCCUUCAGAUUAGAGAGGGUGGUCUAUGCUUUCCUGUGGAAUCCCAAUGAAAUUAAAGUAUCUUGGAGAAGACCUGUUGUGAAGACUAAUUGUAAAAAAAGUUCAGGUUACCAAAGGCACAAACAUCUGCAUGGUGGAGUUCAUUUCUUUUGUUCCUGGGAACUGAAUAGGAGAAAGGGACAUUUCAGGUUAACUUGAUAAAGACACAUUGAGGUGAACAAUACUGUGUUCGCCUCUUGAGGUCAGUGUGUGACUCCCAGAGCCAUCAGAUGAUCUCCAUGUGUGACACCAAAAGUCAGAGGUCACCCAGCGGGGAAUGCUCUUGUUUUGUUUAAAGCAUAGACCUGGCAAGAAGAUUUCUUGAACAUUGGGAAUUCUGCAGGUGUUUAGCCUCCCAGUGACUGUUGAGAGACACUAGCACCCACUGACACUAAACCUAAUCUUCAGAAUCAAACUUCUUUGGUCAUGGGCCAACAAGUUGGAAAAAUAAAAAAUAGUAAUUUGACAAGAAUGGAUCAUUGACAGAACUACUUUCUGGAGAUGGCUUGCUGGCAGACUUGUCGGAGGAUCUGACAGAGGCGAAGCACAGUGAAAUAAGAAAAGCAAAAGAAACAGAAGAACACAGGCGAAUCAUAAUCCCUACUCUCCCGCAGCAAUGGGUUGGCUGGAAGAAUCAAACUGGCAGCUUCACAUUUCCUUGAUCAUGCUACUCUCCAUGCACACCAAGGCCAGUGGUCUAGACAAACCGUAUUUGCGGAGUUCUGGACAGUUGAACUUGGAGAACAGAAAGGAAGAUGGUGAGAGUACAGCACCUGCUCCUCCCCAGAAGCCACUGCAGUGUCACUGCAAUCACCACUGUCCAGAGGACUCAGUCGACAGCACCUGCAGGACUGACGGCUACUGUUUCACCAUGGUAGAAGAAGAUGAAUCCGGAGGACGUACAAUUGCUUCAGGAUGCCUAGGCUUAGAAGGCUCAGACUUCCAAUGCCGGGAUACACCCAUAAUACAUCACAGAAGAACUAUUGCAUGCUGCACAGAUGAAGAUUUCUGUAAUGAAAACCUUCAUCCUACACUGCCACCACUGAAAAAUAGAGAUUUUGUUGAAGGAAACAUUCACCAUAAGGCCUUGCUGAUCUCAGUGACAGUUUGCAGUAUACUUCUGGUACUUAUCAUCAUAUUCUGUUACUUCAGGCAUAAAAGGCAAGAAACCAGACCUCGUUACAGCAUUGGACUUGAACAGGAUGAGACUUACAUUCCUCCAGGGGAAUCCCUGAAAGACUUGAUUGAACAGUCUCAGAGCUCAGGAAGUGGGUCUGGGCUCCCUCUGCUGGUCCAAAGGACUAUAGCAAAGCAGAUUCAGAUGGUGAAACAAAUAGGUAAAGGUCGCUAUGGAGAAGUUUGGAUGGGAAAGUGGCGUGGAGAAAAGGUAGCUGUAAAAGUGUUCUUCACCACUGAGGAGGCCAGCUGGUUCAGAGAGACAGAAAUCUAUCAGACUGUCCUGAUGAGGCAUGAAAACAUUUUGGGGUUCAUUGCUGCGGACAUUAAAGGUACAGGGUCUUGGACCCAACUGUAUCUUAUCACAGACUAUCAUGAGAACGGCUCCCUGUACGAUUAUCUGAAAUCCACUACCUUAGAUUCAAAAGCCAUGCUGAAACUGGCCUACUCCUCUGUCAGUGGUUUGUGCCACUUGCACACUGAGAUCUUCAGUACUCAAGGCAAACCAGCUAUUGCCCACCGUGAUCUGAAAAGUAAGAACAUUCUAGUGAAAAAGAAUGGAACCUGCUGUAUAGCAGACCUGGGCUUGGCAGUUAAAUUUAUUAGUGAUACAAAUGAGGUGGACAUACCACCAAACACCCGGGUAGGAACAAAGCGCUAUAUGCCUCCUGAGGUGCUGGAUGAAAGCUUGAACAGGAAUCACUUCCAGUCAUAUAUCAUGGCUGAUAUGUACAGUUUUGGACUCAUCCUUUGGGAGGUGGCAAGGAGAUGUGUGUCAGGAGGAAUAGUUGAAGAAUACCAGCUUCCAUACCAUGAUCUUGUGCCAACUGACCCCUCCUAUGAGGACAUGCGGGAGGUUGUGUGCAUCAAGAAGCUCCGUCCUUCGUUCCCCAAUAGAUGGAGCAGUGAUGAGUGCCUAAGACAAAUGGGAAAACUCAUGACAGAGUGCUGGGCUCACAAUCCUGCUUCUAGACUGACAGCCCUGCGAGUAAAGAAAACACUUGCCAAAAUGUCAGAGUCACAGGACAUUAAACUCUGAUUCAACAAAAGACAUCUCUCUACUAUACCAAGAUUCUGCAUGUUGCUUUCUGUGAAAGCCCAUUAUUUUUAUUUUAUUUUUUGAUUUUUUAAAAGAAGAUACUGCUUUAAAUUUUAUGUGCAAGUAAACCUUAUGGUUCAGUGAAGGCAAAUGAAUGAAAACCAUUGGGCUAAUAUCUGUGUUUUGGAUUCUCUCUCAUUGUGAAGAGAAUGUGUUCUUUUUUGGGAACCAGUGCCUUAUGAAACCUGUAAAUACUGUACUUCUAGUCUAAGCUAAGAACUAGGGAACAAACAGUUGUGUUGUAUUUGUUUUAACAUGCCCCAAAUAAAAUGGUUAACUCUC